UUCUUAAAUACAUUCUUAGAUCUAUAAAAAACAAAGUAGAGUUGGGCAAGUAAAGAAAUUUCAGUCUGCAACCUCAUAGUUUUCCCGCCAUGGAAGUCGACUCGCCAGAACAGCUGCAGAGGAAGCAAUCCACUUACCUCUCUUUCGAUGAGAAUUUCGAGAUUCAGAAGGAAGUUUACAGAGGCCAACAGUACAGUCAAAUUUAUUUUGCUCGUCUUCACUGCAUGAGAGCUUUGCUUUAUUCCCUUGUUCCCAACUGGAAAUCCCAUCUCCCUGUUUGUACGGUUUUAGGGCUAGAGGAAGGCAAAGAAUGCAUCAUCGUUGGGACUCUUUACAAGCAUAUGAAACUCAAACCCUGUAUCCUUGAUGAAUACUCAAAGGAGAGAUCUGUUGCCCCUCUUGUAAAACCCCAUAAUUUUAUUCAUCAAGAUGACUAUUUGGUUUUGGAAGAUGAAAGCGGAAGAGUUAAGCUUGGUGGGACUGUGCUUUCACCCUCCGUUUAUGUAACAGGUGUUGUCAUUGCAUUGCAUGGAAAGGAAACCAGUGCAGGAGCCUUCUUUGUUGAAGAUGUUCUUGAAGCUGGCCUACCACCUCAGAUUGAGCGGCAGCUGAAAUCAAGAGAAGACAAGUAUGUUGUUUUUGUCUCUGGGCUUAGCAUUGGGAGCAGCUCCUCUAAUCCCCUUCUGUUUCAGCUUCUUGUUGAUCACAUAACAGGGCAUCUAGGAGAUGAGGAGGAGCAAGGCCUUGCAGCAGAGAUAGUUCAUCUUGUGAUUGCUGGGAACUCUGUUGAAAUUUCUCGUGGACUUCUUAAUGGACAGAAUUUAGCUUCAAAGGAUCAGUCAAGGUUGUCUGAGCCAUUUAAAGAGUUGGACAUUCAGUUGACUCAGAUUGCUGCAAGUUUGCCAUUGGAUAUCAUGCCUGGAUCUAGUGACCCUGCAAAUUUUUCCUUACCUCAGCAGCCUUUGAACAGGUGCCUUUUUCCAGGGUCAGCAACUUAUAACACUUUUAGGUCCUGUACAAAUCCUCACUGUUUUGAGCUUGAUAACAUCAGAUUUCUUGGAACAUCAGGUCAGAACAUAGAUGAUCUCACUAAGUAUUCGGAGGCAAAGGAUAAACUUGACUUUUUGGAAAGUACUUUAAGAUGGAGGCAUCUGGCACCAACAACACCGAAUACUCUUGGAUGUUAUCCUUUCACUGAUCGAGAUCCCUUCCUAAUUGAUAGCUGUCCUGAUGUUUACUUUGUUGGUAAUCAGGAAAAAUAUGAAACUCGCUUGGUAAAAGGGUCGGAAGGGCAAUCAGUAAGACUUAUUUGCAUUCCUAGGUUCUGCGAAACAGGAGUUGCUGUUGUGGUCAACAUGAGAAAUCUUGAGUGUCAUGCUCUAACUUUCGGGAUGCAAUUCAGCUCGUAAUAUGGUAUGGAGUUCGAAUACCCUGAAAUUCAGUUAUGAACCAUUUAUGAUUAAGUUCUGUAUGGCAAUGGAACCUGCAUCGAGUAAAAGACACAAUGGAGUUGGUGACUGAUUAUUAGAAGGGACGGAAUUAUUAUGAUGUUUAAUGUUUGAUCUUCAUCUGUCUUGAUACACAUAGGACCUG